AUGCAGGAGGGGAUCUCCAGUCCCAUCGCCGCGCAACUCUUCGACUUCUGCGACAACGACGACGGCGACGGCGGCGGCGACGAUCUGUUCCCGGCUUCUGAAGAUCACCAACUCCUCCUCCCGCUGCAGUAUGAAGACAUCGACGUGUCCUCGUCUUCCACAUCCGCCGCCGCGGCCACCGCCGCCACCACCGCGGCCGCGCCCAGCAGUCCGCCCCUCUGUUUCUCCCCCAUCCCCUCCUUCUACGCCCUCCUCGACGCCUCUCCUCCGCCGCCGCAAGACAUCGAGCCCGACGUCGCGCCAUACCCUUCCUCCUCCUCCUCCAACUCCGCCUCCGUGCCACCGCUGCAGCCCCCGGGGGUGAUGUUCUCCGCCCUGCCGCCGGCCUACAACCUCGGCGACCCGUUCGAUCACAUCGGGGCCUACUCGCUCGACCCUGCCGCAGCUAUGGCGUUCCAGGUCCCGGCGCAUGCUUUCCCCGACAACAGCUACUGCGCCGGGGGCAUGGUGGCGCCGCCUCCGAUGCCGCCGUGGGGGUUCCUCGACGGUCCCGGCAUGGGCGCUCUGUUCUGCGACGGAAUGCAGGGGCUCUACGGCGGAGGGAGGUCGGUGAUCGAAGCCGGGACGUUGGCUCCGUGUGACGUGUCGGAGGGCGGCGUCCUGCCAUCGUACGGACAUGACGCGAUGAUGCCCGGCGUCUACAACUCCAACGAUUUCCAGGGCCUUGGCGGCAACAGCACUCAGCAUCUAAUGAUGGGUUGCGCGGGCAACCGUCCACCGCCGGCGACCUCGACGUCCGACGUCGUGGCACCGCUAGAAGACUCCUCCUCCUCUUUCAAAGUCGGUAGGCUCUCAGUGGAGGAGAGGAAGGAGAAGAUCCACAGGUACAUGAAGAAGAGGAACCAGAGAAACUUCACCAAGAAAAUUAAGUAUGCUUGCCGGAAAACCUUGGCUGACAGCCGGCCGCGAGUCCGUGGAAGAUUCGCCAAGAACAUCGACGAAGCCGGGGAGGUGACCACAAGGCUGAGCUCCAGCAGCAGCCAUGAGUUCGAUGAGGAAGAAGAUGAAAUGGUGAUCAAGGAAGAAGACAUUCUUGACUCCUCAGGGAUCCUUGCACAAAUGGAUUCAUUCAAGUACAGUUACAACAGUACUGGCUUGGAAUCAUGGAUAUGA